AUGUGAAACCCCCGCGUUAUGGUGAUGCCGGUAGUGUCUACUCGAGACAUGUGCGAAACUCUCUGACUUCAGCAAGACAACAUGAUAGCACGGCAUCACCCAUCGGACAGCUACGCCCCGGCAUCAGUGCCUCAACACCCGCAUUGUCCUCUACCUCAGCGUCCUCCAGUAGCGAACGAUUGCUAAAUGAGCGUGCAAUAAACCUGGUCAAAGAGCAAGAGGAUGCUGGUAUUGUGUCGGUGGUCGGAGCGACUCGCACGUCCAUGCCUCAACUGAAGGGUGGCUACCUGCAUGUGUUUGCCGACGACGUUCGCGAAAAUCUACGCUGUCCCGUGUGUCUGCUGGUGAUCCGCGAUGCAGUUCAGACCCCGUGUGGUCACCUGUACUGUGAGACCUGCCUGCGGCCCAUCCUGCGGGGCCAGAGGCCGCGCUGCCCGCUCGACCAGAUUGAGCUGGUGUUCUCGUUUGCCGAUCAGCACUGCCGCC